AGGGAGGGGUUCUGGAGGGCUUGACAUCACAAGGACAGGCAGUGGCAGUUGCGGAAGGAAAGGGCAAAGAGGGCAGAAGCAGGUUCACCGUAGGAUGAGACCUCUCUCAGUGUAAGGACAGCAAAUGGCACCCAAAAAGCCCCCCGCUGCGGCACCCGCCGCAAAGGGCCCUGAUGCAAAGGCCCCUGCCGCUGGCGCUGCUGCUGGCGCUGCUGCUGGAGCUGCUGCUGGAGCUGCUGCUGGUGCUGGCGCCGCUGCCGCCGCUGAGAACAGCUAUGUUCCAACGGCUCUCAUAAAGCUCGAUCAGUUCUUCGAUACCCCGAAGGGUAGACGCUACGUCAUGAUCGCGGCGAUUGUCAACUUCCUGCUUGUAUGUUUGAUGUACUUUCUGUAUCAGUUACAGUUACAGAAAAAUGGAAUCCUGUACGAGGCACUUUAUAUGAUACGGGAUUUCGCUUCUGAAUUUGAUCCAGAAAGUGCAGAAAAGUCUGAUGUGGAAAUUGUGGCUAUAGCUCAGAACCUCUCAAACGAGCUCAACAUUAUGGUGGACAAGACUGAAGUACUGCAAGCAGAAAUCGACCACCUGCUCCUCGACCUGCCCGAGUGGAUUGCCCACAAUACCAACCUCUUCUACUUUGACACCGACACGGCCGACUUUGCCGGUGCCAUUGAAAAAUGUGCCGAGAGGGGGGCGAAUCUGACUUCACUCAAAUUUCCUGAAGAAGUGAAAUUCCUAGACACCAUAGUCGCCGAAAAGAAGGCUGACUUCUGGAUUGGAUACGUGAAGAAUGAGUCGGCAGGUGGCCCAGGAUGGAUGUGGCUGAAUGGCAGGAUAUUUAAAUAUACGUGAGUUUCCCAUCCAAAUU